GUUUUUCAGUCCCAGCAAAGGAAAAACAAAAUUAUGGGUAGAGGUUUAGUUGUGCUUCUGUGUUUACUCGCACUGUUCAGCUCGAGCUUAUGUUUGGAUCAUGCCAAUGGUCGUGGAGAUCAAGCACUGGCUCAGAUUAAUAUUUACGAAACAAGUCUUGCUUUGGAUAGUUCUGUCAAACUUCACGCUUCCCCUCAAGUUCUUGGUUCUCAGGGUGAAGAUACUGAAUGGGUAAAUCUUGCUAUCUCAAACCCCAAGCCCACUUCAGACGAUUGGAUAGGAGUUUUCUCUCCAGCAAAAUUCGACUCGGGUAACUGUUGGCCAACAACUGGUGGCAAAGAGAAAACUCCUUACAUAUGUUCAUCUCCCAUCAAGUACAUGUAUUGUAACUCUCACCCUGACUAUAUGAAGUCCGGGAAUGUGAUUCUCAAGUUCCAGAUUAUAAAUCAGAGAGCUGAUAUCUCUUUUGCACUGUUUUCCAGUGGGGUUAAAACUCCACACCUUCUCGGUGUUUCGAAUCCUGUAGCUUUCGUCAAUCCUAAAGCACCCCUAUACCCGCGUCUUGCAUUAGGGAAGAAUUGGGACGAAAUGACCGUGACAUGGACUAGUGGUUACAACAUAGAUGAGGCUGUUCCAUUCAUUGAAUGGAGUGCAAAGGGACUUCCAGCUAGAAGAUCACCAGCUGGAACAUUGACCUUUAACAGAAACAGCAUGUGUGGUAAUCCUGCUCGCGGCGUUGGUUGGCGUGAUCCUGGUUUUUUCCAUACUGCUUUCUUGAAAGAACUUUGGCCAAACCGCGAAUACAUAUACAGGCUAGGCCAUGACUUGGUCAAUGGUUCAACAGUUUGGAGCAAGAAUUACACCUUUGUGUCCUCUCCUUAUCCCGGACAAGACUCGAAACAACGGGUCAUAAUAUUCGGUGACAUGGGAAAGGGUGAACGAGAUGGCUCGAAUGAGUACAAUGAUUACCAGCCUGGAUCCCUCAACACAACAGACCAAGUCAUCAAGGACUUGAAGGACAUUGACAUUGUUUUCCACAUUGGAGAUCUCACUUAUUCCAAUGGGUAUCUCUCCCAGUGGGAUCAGUUCACAGCUCAAGUCGAGCCCAUUGCUUCUACUGUCCCCUACAUGAUUGCGAGUGGCAACCACGAGCGUGAUUGGCCAGACACUGGAUCUUUCUAUGCCGGUACAGACUCUGGAGGAGAGUGUGGUGUUCCUGCAGAGACCAUGUUCUACUUUCCUGCUGAGAACAGAGCUAAAUUCUGGUACAGAACAGAUUACGGAAUGUUCCGCUUUUGUGUAGCAGACAGUGAACACGAUUGGAGAGAAGGCACAGAGCAAUACAAAUUCAUUGAGAAUUGCCUUGCCACUGUUGAUAGAAAGACUCAGCCUUGGCUCAUUUUUAUAGCUCAUCGUGUCCUCGGUUAUUCCACCAAUGAUUGGUAUGGCAAAGAAGGAACCUUUGAAGAGCCUAUGGGAAGAGAAAGCCUACAGAAACUGUGGCAGAAGUACAAAGUUGACCUUGCUUUCUACGGCCAUGUCCAUAACUAUGAGCGAACCUGCCCCAUUUACGAGAGCCAAUGUGUGAACAAUGAUAAGGAUCACUACUCAGGGACCUUCAAAGGAACCAUCCACGUUGUUGUUGGUGGUGCAGGAAGUCACUUGUCUCCCUUUAGCUCACUGGUACCCAAAUGGAGUUUGGUCAGAGAUUAUGACUUUGGGUUUGUGAAGUUGACUGCUUCUGAUCACUCAUCACUUCUCUUUGAGUACAAGAAGAGCAGCACUGGCCAAGUGUAUGACUCCUUCAACAUCUCUAGAGAUUACAGAGAUGUUUUGGCUUGCACUCAUGAUAGCUGCGAGCCCACCACAUCAGCUUCAUGAUCUUUUUUUUUUAUACAUAGUUUUCCUUCAAACAAUUAGCUUCUCAGUAUUUUUUUUAA